AUGGCUUCCAUAAGUAAAGGAGCGAAUAACGACAUUCCGGAGAAUUUGAUCCUUGGAACCUCCGAGACUAAUUCUCAGAUGACCAGGUUCGAAAAAGCCUGGCAAAGUCUGAUUUGGUACGAGACGCGCCUGACAGAGAAUGACGACUUUUCAGCCAUCCUUGAGGUUAUUCGCAAUCCAGGUCAAAAGAGUAUCAUGCGGGAUAAGGAAACCGGAGGCAAAUACUACCCAGAAAAAACAGACAUGAAACGGCCUUUGUACCACAAACUCGAGGCUGAGCUCGACCAAGCCUUGUAUUGCGAGUUGAAGAAAGUAUUGGAAGCCGAGCUCCAUCCCCAGCCUGUUGUUGCGAGCAACGUGCAGGUUGCAACCAACAACAUCAAUCCAUUUGCCUUCAAUCAUACUCAAACCCACACAAACUUGAUGGCGCAAGGGCCCGUAUCUGGUUUACCACUUCGACCAACCAGCGGUAUUGUUUCGUCGAAUACACUAUCGCUUAACAACAUAUGGGGAAACAAUACCUCUGGCUCCUUCAAAUGGGGGUUUAUGCAGGCCAACAACAUUCUGCCCUAUAGCAAUGUAUCAGGAAUGGACGGUAAGAAGCCUAUUAAACGGGUUGAAGGAUAG